AUGGAGCUGCAGCUGCAUCUGGUUCUGUUUCAGUUUAUGUUGCUAUUAAAGCAGCAACAUUAUGAACACACACAACCAAAAAUCGGAUUCGACCCUUGUUUAUCCUCCCUUGAAGCACAAGAUGGGUCGGAUGCGGAAAAACUAGCUGAAGCAUUUGUCGCACAUCAUAAAACGACAGCAACUGAUGCCAAAGGAGCACUAACGUGCUUAAAAGAUUCUUUUUUUCAAAUCCGGUACAAACGACGUAAUCAUCUCGCAUUACAAGCAUACUGUGAAGAACUUUCAACUUUUAUUAAAACCACAGCAUUUAAGAACGAAUUCAAAUCCGCCUUUGAUUCUGCUCGGCUAAACUUUGGUACAUCAUCAUCAUCAUCAUCAUCGCCAGUAGCAACAACACCAAUAUCAGUAUCAAGUUCUGAGCUCACGAGAAAGCGUGAACAUGAUAAUCUAUAUGCUGACGACGCAACAGAGCAUCCCGAUCAUCCUUCAAUUGGAACAGUGAUCAAGAGACGUGCGAUCGAUCUUCAUGACACUUAUCAACAAGGCACAAAAUUAUCAGAAGCAGAUCGUAAACUGAUGAGCUCUGGUUUAUCUUCGAUCCUUGACCUUGUCGAUCAAUCAAAUACUGGUCAAGCUAAAUGGUUUGCUGAGCACGCCCUUAAUACAACAUCUGACUUAUUACUGUCGAAACUUCAAGUAGCAAGUUAUAGAAUGCCAUUGGAAGUCACGAAAAAUUGGAAAUUGGUAUCUGCUCUGGCCAAAAACAACAACGAUCUUACGGCUGCAAGAAGUUUUUUGGCAAAAUGGAAAAGUGGAACAAAGAAUAAUCAUUUAUACAAGAUUAUCAGUGUCAUGGAAGUUUUUAUCGACGUGUUUGACAAGCAGCAUUCUUAUUUCACCAGCACUUUAGUAUCACGUUGGACAGAAUAUGACUACUUAUUGAAAAUAUGGGGCCCGAUCAUUGAAGAUCAUUGA